CAUAUUUCAUUUUUAUCAUUACUAUAAAGCCCCUCCUCUCUCUUUUCUCUCUCUCUAUCAUUCCUCAAAUUUGAAAAAAAUUGCUCUUUGAUUACAUCAUUCUCUCUCUCUAAAUUAUUUUUCUUCCAGUUUUGCUCCAAGCUAUAGUUUCAGUGCUGGAACUUACACUAUUGGACAUGGGCACAGCCCUCUAUUGUUGAAAAGAGAGAAAAAACUGACUAGUGAAUAAACACUUGAAGAGAUGACAAAAAAGCAUCGUCUCAGGGAAAAAGUUAAGUCCUUUUUUGGAAGUCAUGUUGAUCCAGAAAAAGAUGAGGAGCUGAAAGAAAACAAAGCAGAAAUUGAAGGCAAAAUUCAGAAGAUCUUCGCUCAUAUUAAAGGAGAAGGUGGCAGAGAUGAAAAAGAACCUCUGGUGGAGCUAGUUCAAGAUUUUCACAAUCAUUACCAAUCACUGUAUGCUCGUUAUGAUCAUCUCACUGGAAAACUGAGGGAAAACGUACAUGGAAAACACGACAAAGAUAGUUCUUCCUCCAGCUCAGACUCAGAUUCAGAUUUCAGUACAAAGAAAAAGGGGAAGAAAAAUGGUAAACUGGAAUUCACAGAUGCAACAGAUGGCAUCAAGGAAGAAUUGGCAAGCGCAAACCUAGAAUUAAUUGAGUUGAAGGCUCAGUUGACGGCUGCGAAAGAAGAAAAGGAUCAGGCCUUGCAAUCUGAGCACCAGAGUGCUUUGAGCAAAUUACAAGAAGCAGAAACAACAAUCACUAGUUUAACUAGUGAAGCUGAAAGGUUGAAAGAGGAAAAUUCGAAGCUUCUGGGGGAGACGGUGGAUCUCAAAGAGAGUUUGGAGAAAUCUGCAAAAUUAGAAGCUGAAUUAAUGCAGAAGGUCGACGAGAUAACUAGAGAAAGAGAAACCCUACAGCUAGAAUUGGAAGCCCUAAAAAUCGAACUUCCCUCAGUGAAGGAACAACUAGAUUCUGCUGAAAAAGAAAUAGCUCAGCUAAGUCAAACGCAAAAGGCCACAGAGAAAGACAAUUCUUCUCUAUCAUCAAAAGUUUUACAGCUCUCGGAGGAGAUCGGACAGGUAAAGGCGAUGCUAGAUGAGAAAGAAAAGGAGAUUUCUAAUCACAAGGAGAUGCACGAUGCUCACAAAAAUGAAGCAUCGACUCGUUUAAGAGGUAUGGAAAUGGACAUUGAUUCACUGCAGUCUCAGAGAUUGGAAAUCGAGAAACAGAAGGAAGAUGAGCUCUCUGCAUUGGUGAAGAAACUUGAGGAAAAGGAGGAGGAAUUCUCAACAAACAUAAACAAUAUACAACUUGAAAUUGAAUCCUUAAAUGAACUGAAAGGCAAGCUGGAGGAGCAAUUGGAGCAACAAAGAAACGAGGCGAAUAAGAAGGACGAAGAAUUGGAGUCUCUUUGCAGCCAGAAACUUGAAUUGGAAGCAGAACUGCAGAAGAAAGCACAAGAAAUUUCGGGAUUCUCAAGUGAGAUAGAGAGUCUCAAGGAGGAGAUAGCAAACAAAUCUGCAGAUUCACUGAAAAUUCUGGAAGAGAAAGAAAGUUCUCUUUCACAAGUGAAAGACCUAGAAGUGGAGCUGCAAUCACUUCAGAAGCUGAAACAAGAGUUGGAAGAGCAGCUGGCAAGCAAAGAUGAUAAAAUUUCUGAAAUUGAGAGAGCAUUAACUGAGAGAGAAAGUGAACUAGCCGUUUUAAAGAAGAAAUCUGAAGAUGGAGAAACUGAAUCAUCUGCUCAGAUUGCUGCAUUAACUUUGCAGGUGAGCAAUCUGCAAGAGCAUUUGGAGAAUUUGCAAGUUCAGAAGUCCGAAAUAGAGUCUCAACUUGAGGCGAAAACUGGAGAAACAUCAGAAUACCUCACUCAGUUGGAAUAUUUGAAGGAGGAAUUAGCAAGUAAAACAUCAGAUGGCCAGAGAAUGUUGGAAGAGAAGGAAGGCCUAGUGGCAGAGGUCAGGGAGGAAAAGGAAAGUCUCCUAAGCAAAAUAUCUGAACUGGAGAAUGCAUUAGCGGAGAAAGUUGACGAGCAUGGAACUUUGCAAAAGAAGCUAGAGGACGUGCAAAAUGAAACUUCUACUCAGAUUGUUGCCUUGACAGAAGAAGUUGAUAAGUUGAGGCAGCAGACAGAAUUGCUGCAGACUGAGAAAAGCCAGCUGGAGUUGGUAACUGAAAGAGGUAAACAAGAAUCCACAGAAAGUUUGGCACAAGCAGAGAAUCAGAACACCGAAUUAUCACAAAAGAUUGUGGAUCAGGAAAUAAAGCUGAAAGAGCAGGAGGAAGCGUUGGGGAAGUUGGUGGAAGAGAAGGACGGUCUAGUGGUUCAGGUCAAUGAUCUCCUGGCUGAAGUGAAGUCUCUUUGUGAACAGAAGAGUACAUUGGAAGAAAACAUUAAUGAUACAAACAAUGAGAUCAAUCUGCUGAAGGAGGAAAGGGAAAGCUUCCUCCGGAAAAUAUCUGAGUUGGAGAAUUCAUUAGUCGAGAAAGUUGACGAGCAUAUUACCUUGCAAAAGAAGCUAGAAGAUAUGCAAAAUGAAGCUUCUACUCAGACUGUUGAAGUUAAUGAGUUAAGGCAGCAGAUAGAAGUAAUGCAGACAGAGAAAAGCCAGCUGGAAUUGCUAAUUGAAAAUGGUAAACAAGAGUCCACUCAGACUUUGGCACAAGCAGAGAAUCAGCACACUGAAUUAUCACAAAAGAUUGUGGAUCGGGAAAUGAAGCUGAAAGAACACGAGGAAGCAUUUGGAAAGCUUGAUGGUAAGCUGCAGGAGUACAAGGAAAGCCUCAAACUUGCAGAAAUGAAGAUUGAAGAGAUAACAGAAGAGUACCAGAAGAAUCUUGAAAGUAAAGAUCAGAAAAUAGAGGAACUGGAUGACAAAAUUGAAGAUCUGAAGAGGGAUCUGGAAAUGAAAGGAGAGGAAACCAGCACACUGGUGGAGAAUGUCCGGAACACUGAAGUUAAGCUACGGUUAACCAAUCAGAAGCUUCGGGUGACUGAGCAGUUGCUGACUGAGAAAGAAGAGGACCACUUGAAGAAAGAAGAGAAGUUACUGCAACAUCAAAAGUUUCUGGAAGAGAGGAUUGCAACAUUAUCAGGACUUAUCGCUGUUUACAAGCAAACUCAAGCGAAAAUAGUAGCAGAUAUUUCAGACAAAGUAAAUUAUACUUUGACUCAAAUAGACACGUUCAGUAUGAAGUAUGAGGAAGACACUGGUCACUUGGAGUCCCGUAUUUACGAAAUAUUGAAUGAGCUUAAGGUUGCUUUGAAUUCGAUCAAAGUAGCAGGUGAAGAAAAGAAGCAGCUCAAGAAGGAAAUCGACAGUCUAGUGCAACAACUAAAAGAUGAGAAAGAAUGUGCAUUGGUUUUAAAAGAGAAGGUUGAAGAAUUAGAAAAAACAGAAAAAAUGGAGUUGAAUCAGAGGCGUAGUUUGACCGAAACCGUUCACCAACUUGAAGAGAAGAUAGUUACAUUGCAGAAAAUGAUGGCGGAGAAGGAUGAAAAGAUGGGAGAGUAUGAAAGGAAGAUGAAUGACAAAGAUAAGGGAAUCUUAGACUUGAGUGAGGAAAAACGAGAGGCGAUAAGGCAGUUGUGUAUCUGGAUCGAUUACCACCAGAGUCGCUAUGAUGAUCUUAUAGAUAUGAUCUCAAAGACUAGGGGAAGAAGGCAAGUAACUGCUUGAAAUUACUUUGCAAUAUGGUACAUCAUUUUUGUUAUGCUUUCCUUAGUUUUGUUCUUUCUGUUUUUGGAGUGAUUGGUCGUUUUUUUUUCCCAGAAGGUUAGUGGAUAUUUAUUAUUGGGGCUUGUUUUUUUGGAUGCCGUCGUCUGUAAGCGUCUUAGUUUCUUUGAAUACCCUUUUUAGGCUGUAUAGGCAAGUAAUGCUACCAUUUUUUCAGUACUGGAACUUCAUUCAUUGGAUAUAUCAAUUAGUGGAACCGUAAUAUUGUGAGUAUUACAUGCACAUUUAUAAGGU